UUAGAGGACUAGAAUUCAGAGUAUUUCCUCUUUUACAGCCUCUCGUUCGCUCCAGUAUCAGACCCACAAUUCUUUAGUUUCUGAAACAAGUCCAUCCCCUUCCCUGAGCAUGGAGAGUAUUUCUGGGAAUUCUGCAAAGUCUACUCCAGAACUGCACAGAAAAUGUGAAGCUGAGGCAGCUGACGAUAAUCCAGCUACAGUCAGCAGGAGUCCUGCCACAUCCAAUGGGAGUCCGGUAGCCAGUGAGACCGCCCUGUCGAAUACUGAGAGUCCCACACCACCCAGUUAUCACCGACCUCCACCGAAGCCUCCAGUCAGCCGUAGCCCGAGGUUACCCGCUCAUCCAUCCCCUGAAACAAACAGGGUAAAACUCUGCAGCACUGACCUUCAGCCAAAGUCUUCAUGCAAAGAAAAUCCAUUUGAUAGAAAAUCCAGUCCAGCUGGACUAACUGCUCCACCCCGCCCUCGGAAAGGACCAAAACCAGCACGUCCUCCAGCCCCCGGCCAUGGAUUCCCAUUGAUUAAGCGCAAGGUGCAUGCAGAUCAAUAUAUUCCUGAGGAGAAUAUCCAGGGAGAGUUGGAACAACUGGAACAGAGCCUGGAUGAACUAGAACAUCGUGGGGUUGCACUGGAGGAGAAACUUCGCAGCUGUGAAAAUGAUGAAGAUGAAGAUGAUCUCCUGGUUGAUUGGUUCAAACUAAUCCAUGAGAAGCACAUGCUGGUUCGCCGUGAGUCAGAGCUGGUUUAUACUUUCAAACAGCAGAAUCUGGAGGAGCGGCAAGCUGAUGUGGAGUAUGAACUGCGCUGUCUGCUCAACAAACCCGAAAAAGAUUGGACAGAUGAGGAUCGAGCCCGAGAAGCAGAAUUGAUGCAGGAGUUGAUUACAGUCAUUGAGCAAAGAAAUGCUAUUAUCAACAGCCUGGAUGAAGACCGACAGCGAGAGGAAGAGGAGGAUAAAUUGCUGGCAGCAAUGAUAAAAAACAAAGAUUUUCACAAGGAUCCCAAUAGUGAAAUAAAGAAGAAGUUAAAAUUCAAGCCCAGCAAGAUGUUGAAAUUUCUAGGCAACAAGCCAGAAGUAAAGUCGAAAAGUGCCAAAGAGAAGAAUUUAUGAUUGGUGGAAAUGCUGAAAAGAAUGGGAAGCUCCACCAGCUGACAUUGACCAACAGGACUGCACUUUUUGGGACUGGUUCAACUUGACAGCAUCUGGUGAUUGUUCAUAGGAAGAUGUGGUCUCAUACUGACGUUAGACAGGCCCAUCAUGGUGCUGGCUGAGAUUAUUUACUAUGUAUCCUUAGUUUAUGUGCAAUAGAAGUCACUACAGUCCUGUAUAAUUUGUGUUUAAGUGCAUUUUACACAACAGCUGAGACACAUUCAUUAUUCUUUCUCAAGCUUAAGUCUGUCUUUUCCCACUCUCCAGUUUUGUGCAGUUUCACAGGUACAGGCUCAGGACCAGCCCGUGCCUGGCCCUGUUGUUGUUUUCUGUGGCCAAGUCAAACUGGCAUCACUUAUUGCUGUGGAGUUUUGUUUUCAGUGUGUGAAGUUCUGUUCAGUUCCUGCCAUGUAAUGCCCUUUCACUGCACAAAUAGUUGUCUCGAGACCUAGCAACUCACAACGGUUCUGAACUCGCCAGGUUGUUACCUGCCUGUGUGUGCUGGUUAUCUUGUGGUACAGCAUGUACUAUUAAUCUGUCACCGCAAGAAUUUUAUAAAUCUUUCCCAGUUGCAACUGAAAUCUUUGCAAAGAGGGUAUCAAAAUCUCCAAAAACAGUACCUUACCAGUGACAACAUAUCAAUGUCUUGUGCACACAUACUGACACUUAGUACAGUGCGCUGUAUACUCUGGAGAUACGGAGCACUGACCAUGCUGCAGAUGCAGUUGCUGGACUCUCUGGUGUGGAGGGUUUUCUCAUCGCUGUGUAUUCUGGGGGUGCAGACGCUGAGAGUUCUGAUUAGUUUUCAGUGCCCUGGACAAUCGGGCGAGGUGGGAGAGGGGGGUGGGGGUGGGGGUGGUACAGUACACAAAGCACUCUGGGGAAGGGAUGGUGAGGUGAGCUGCAUUGUACGAGGUAGAUACCCAGGGUCCUGAAGUUUCUUGAGUUUGAAAUGGGCCAGAGCUAGAACCAUAAGAUUCUGUGUCAUGGCUGAGACCGGUCUAAAUAAUUUCUUCACUGUAUUGCCCAAUGCCAGUGAUGGAUACUAUUUCUUAUUAUCUUAUUUACCCAUUGUUGAGAGUCUGAACAGAUCAAUAGAAUGAUUACUGCCCUCUGCUUAUCAACAACCAAGGUCAGAAGGUAUCCUUAGCCAUUAACUGACUCUGCAUGGCCAGAAUCCAGCUUGAUCACUAACUGUGGAGUUAUGAUGCCAGUUACUGUCUCUGUCUUCCACUGGAUAAUGUAAAGCAGUCAUUUUAAUACAGAGAGACCUUAAAGCAAUGAAUCAUGAUCAGACACAGGGCACUCUACAUCCAAAUCAUGAGCGGGCACAGUGACAGAAUCAACAAGUUUGAGAAUGGAUAAGCAGAGGGCUGGAGCCCAAGGCAUUCACCUGUCUCUCAAGACUCUGUGUCAUAUGUCACACAGGUCUUGCUGUAGAUCCCAAAUUGUCUCUGGUUGUUGUUGAGACCUAGAGGUGACACCAGUCCACUGCUCAUUAUGAGCAUGUCUUUAGUCCUGAAUCUGGCACCAUACAAGUAAAUCAGAAGCACUUUUCAGAAUGAAACAGAAUAUGCAAAGUGUGUUCAUGAAUGAUCUUUGUAGAAUCUGUGCGCUGUGGACCUCCAACUUAUUCUUUAUCAUCAGGGGAAUAUCUGAACAGUAACAAAGCUGCAGACAGAAAAAUUCAUAACUGAAUAUGCUCAAUUCUGCUACAGUCAUCAUAUUCUCACAUCACUGUUCUGUUAAAGUUAGGUUUCAGAAGUGAGACACUGAUUGAUGCAAACAAUGCUCAGCAGUAGAGUUUGUGUUAUCUGUGGAAAGUAAGGAGUACGUACGUAAUCUGAGCAUGUGAAUUGAGCACAUUCAAGCAGCUGUUUUGACUGGGUGACUUUAUGGUUUAAUUUAUUAUCUGUAAUGAAGGUCAUGUCCAUGAUAAUAUUGUACUUCAUUGGCUUCAAGUCUCUCAACUUGUACUGUGCUAUUGAUGUAAUUCUUCACCAGGUGCAAUCUGAAACCUUCAUUGGUUUUUAAUCUGCCAAUCACAGUGCCCAUCACUCAAUAGAUCCGCUCUAGCAAUGGGCAUUUACUCCGAGCUGGUGAAUGACUGUGCUUUAGAUCUGAGCCUAACCCUCAGCAUGCUGAUGGGCUGCUGACACUAACCUGACAGUAAAGGUCUUCGUACCUGAUCGAUUAGGAUUUAAAUGGUCAGUUCUAUCUCCUGAAGGUUCAUUUACACUUGAACACAGAACCAACAAACAACUAAACAUUAUUUUGCAUUCUCACAUAAGCUGAGCUUUAUCAGGGGCUUUCAGAUUUGUGUUUUGAAACUUUAUGCUUCCAGAGAUUGAAUGCAAAAUACCUACAUUGCUCUGAGCUGUGGCACAUACACAGUUGCCCUAGUUAACAAUUUAUUUUGUGAUUUUUAGGUUCUUAGUAUUAAUUAUAUUUCUAUCUAACACAUACAGGAACAGAUGCCAAAUAUAAGCCUUAAUUCAAUUUAAUGUCAAACCUUUUAUUGAAAGCUUUUUUUGUACUUACUGUAGAACGGGAAUUGGUGCCGUUUCUUUUGUUUUGGUAGUUAUAAGGUUGCUGUCUUCAAGUGAAUUGAAUGGUUUUGCUAAUGCAGAUAUUUUCUUUAGCUGUUACUCUGCCUUACCUAUUUGUAUAUAAUAUUUAUUGAAACACCCAAACACUGUUCUAAAGCUAUAUUAUUCUAACAAAAUGGGUAAAAUUGGGACCAAUAAAAUGGAAUGUUGUCCAAGUGUG